UCAGACCCAAGCCCAGUCGUAUUCAUCCAGGAGAGAGUUGUGUACAGGAGGGAUCAUGAAGUGUCUCGUUGCUCUUCUUGUGUGCGCGGUGCUCGCAGAGGGAGUCGUCAGGAUUCCGCUGCAUAAGCACAAGUCGAUGCGCGAGGCCCUGAGAGAGAAAGGGAUUGAGUUGCCUUACCAGGAUCCAGCUCUCAAGUACCAGCCCAAUGAGUUCGCCGGCUCUGCCAACAUGUACAUCAACAACUACGCCGAUACCACCUACUACGGAGCAAUCAGCAUCGGUACACCCCCCCAGUCCUUUCAGGUGCUUUUUGACACUGGCUCCGCCAACCUGUGGGUAGACUCCGUCUACUGUAACACUCAGGCCUGCAACGCGCACACAAAGUUCAACCCCCGACAGUCGUCCACGUAUUCUGCCAACGGUCAGUCCUUCUACCUGCCCUAUGGAGCUGGAAGCCUGUAUGGAAUCUUUGGAUACGACACUGUCAACGUUGGCGGGAUUGUGAUCAAUAACCAGGAGAUUGGUCUGAGCACAAACGAGCCUGGCCAGAACUUUGUGGUGGCCAAGUUCGACGGCAUCCUUGGCCUGUCCUACCCCACUAUCUCAGCUGGAAGAGAGACCCCUGUCAUGGACAACAUGAUGUCGCAAAACCUGCUGAAUGCCGACAUAUUCGCUUUCUACCUGUCCAGGGGGGAACAGCAGGGCAGUGUGCUCUCUUUCGGAGAAGUGGACAACAGCUUGUACCAGGGACAGAUCUACUGGACCCCAGUCACCUCUGAGACCUACUGGCAGAUCGGCAUUCAAGGAUUCCAGAUCAAUGGUCAGGCGACCAACUGGUGCUCUCGGGGCUGCCAGUCCAUUGUGGACACUGGAACCUCCAUGCUGACAGCUCCCAGCCAGCUCCUGCCUUACAUCAUGCAGGCCAUCGGAGCCCAGAGAAACCAGUAUGGAAUGUAUGUGGUGGACUGCAGCCAGGUGAACAACUUGCCAACUCUCAGCUUUGUUAUCAGUGGCACUGCCUUCCCUCUGCCUCCUUCUGCUUACAUCAUCCAGGAGGGAUACCAGACCUGUGCAGUGGGCAUCACCCCCACCUAUCUGCCCUCUCGUGAUGGCGAGCCCUUGUGGAUCUUUGGAGACGUGUUCCUCAGAGAGUACUACUCCGUAUAUGACCGCACCAACAACCGUGUCGGCUUUGCUGUAGCUGCCUAAUUCUCAUCAGUGUCACCAAGCCUGACCACAAACUCUAUUAGAUAAUGAUGAUUACAAGUGUCCAUUAAGAAAAACAGCCACAAGCUUGAGGCUUUGUUACAGCUCAAACAUCUGAAAAAGUCAUUUGGACAACAUAGAUUUAAUCUCACUGCAAAAUAUUGUCAUACAAUUCUUUACAAUUGGUGAUUAAAAAUCUUGAAAAAGCA